GGAGAGAGAAGCAAAAGUACAGAAUGUCCUCCUUUUGUAGACAACUUGGCUUAUUGUGGAUUUAUGAACACCCAGGCCUUUAGAAAUGCUUUGUGGCCCUUUCCAGUUUUAUGCAUCUCUACAAUUAUUCUUCUAAGGACCUCUGAAAAUGGUUUUGAUCAACAAGUUUAUACAUACACUACAUUUCCAAAAGUAUGUGGACAGCAGGCUUGGCAAUCAAAAUUAUUUGUAGUAAAGUUCUCACAAACAUGUCAAAUGGAUUCAUUUAUUCAUUCAUUUCUUAUUCAGUAUAAUAGAAAUAUGUCAGCUUCAGAUCCAACAGUGGUCCAGUAGACCCAGUGGUCUAUUAACUGAAAUCACUUGUGCUCUGUAUGAGCACCUUAGAUGCUUGAAGAAGAAGAUAGAAGAAAAUGCCAUAGUAAGGCUAAAUCUUAGAAAAGGAACGCAGGAACAGCAUGAUGCGUUUUCUUAGACAUUUGACACCCCUUACUGCAGAAGCUGUAUUCUCUGUAACAGAACAGAAGCACUACUUAGAACCCAGAAAAAGAGGAAGAGAAAUGAAAGAUGUUCUCCUUGUAAAGCUGGUUCGUAUGAAGAAAGGGGGCUCCAGGGGAGUUCUGAGGAGGAAUUCCCCAUCCCUGAUUUCCAUCUCUUUAUACAGUAUAUAUAACGAGAGAUUCUGUCAUCUCACCCAGCACAGCUCCUCUCUCUGAUCCAGAGUCCAGCAGCUCCUCUCUCUCUGCUUGCAGUCUCCAGUCAAAAUGAACACAGCGAUGAAAUUGAGCGCUCUGCUGAUCCUCGUGCUGCUCUGCUCUCUGGAGCUUGUCUCUUCUGAUAAGGCCUCUGACGUAGGGGCGAACUGCUGCCCACGCUAUGAUAAAACGAAGAAGAUCCCACUAGCAAUGGUGGUCUCCUGGCAUAAAACCAGCAGCAGCUGUGCCAAAGCAGCCUAUGUGUUUGUUACCAAACGCGGAAGGCGCAUAUGUGUGGAUCCUACUCAUAGUUGGGUGAAGAGCCACGCAGCUCAGGUGCCAGUUACCAGCAAGAAGAACACUAAAGCCUAAGGCCAGCCCUAACACCCCAGCGGGCUGUCAAUCUGUACGAAGACUUCCUUUUGGACACUGCGAUGGGACACACAAGAACAUAAGAGAGGAAUGUGUCUAAUUACAUCUGAUAUUCCUGGAUUUCAUUCAUGCAAUAUUGUCUGUUCCUUUCCUGUUCAUAAUGCCUUGUUCCUUUUCCUACAUUCAUUUUUCUGUUUUAUAAGUUGUACAUAAAAUCUUUCUAGGUAAUUUAUUAAAUGCUUUUGUAACAAACUU